UUCGUAUUACGGAUUCGAUGUGAUUUUCACUGAGCUAUCGUGAGCCUCACAAAUCGCUAUCGUUGGCCGAUCUAUCUAGUAAUUACUAGCCCCACAGACAUAGUCGUAUUUUCCCAUUCAUUACUUUCCAAUAUUAUAAUAGUCUGGGUUCUUCAUAUCUUAUGAUAAAACUCAUUUAUAAUCAGUAACACCUACAAUAUUUUUAUAUCAGUUUCGUUGAUAAGCGUUCACGAUGAAGUCAUGUUCUAGAUUGUUCUAUAUUAAACGAGUUAUUCCUAAGAGCUAUAGCAUGUUUGCUUGAAUGAAAUUACAUAAAAAAACGUUCACACCAUAAAUUAAGUAUCGAAAAGUUUUUCUCAUAGGUGUAUUUCGUAUAUCUGAAUAUAUAUAUUGAAAUGGCCAUGACAUACCAAAGCUAGUACGUAAUCUUACAAUUUUAAUAAGAUUCCGUCAUUAUAAUUGUAUUACCUGUAAAUUAGUUCAUACCGCAAGAUAAUGAGACGAUAAACAAUAUAGUACCUACGAAUAUGCAAUUCGUAGAACGAGCGAUAAUAGCUAUCAACAUAUCAGCGCUCUGAUACAGUAAGGACUCUUAUCACGGUGAGUUCAGUGGUUACACGUCCGCACACCUGUUAACAUCUGACAUGGCCGAGUAUCGCGCAGGAAAAGCUGGCAUCAACGCCGAAGCCCAGGCCAGGAUCCACAGUAAAUACAACGAUGAAAUCGCCCAAGAAACCCUCGAGUGGAUCAGGAAAUUGACCGGCGAACCGGCCAACACCUCCGGUGACGCCGACAACCUGUACGAAGUCUUAAAAGACGGCACCCUCCUCUGCAAACUAGUCAACGAGCUUCAACCAGGCUCCGUUAAGAAGAUCAACCAAACGACCAUGGCCUUCAAGUGUAUGGAGAACAUAAACGCUUUCCUAGAGGCAGUCAAGAAGCUAGGCGUGCCCGCUCAGGAGACCUUCCAGACCAUUGAUCUUUGGGAGAGGCAGAACCUUUACUCGGUGGUCGUUUGUCUACAGUCCCUCGGUAGGAAGGCUGGUAACUUCGGCAAGCCGUCCAUCGGGCCCAAGGAGGCGGACAAGAACGUGCGCGACUUCUCCGAGGAGCAGCUGAAAGCCGGCCAGAACGUGAUAUCGCUUCAGUACGGGACGAACAAGGGCCAGCAGUCGGGCAUAUCCUUCGGCAACAGGCGUCAAAUGUGAUUUUUAUUACCCUAUUUAUAAAAUAGAAACUAUUAAAUAUGUUUUUUUUGUACUUUUUCAUAUGUGUGUUAUUUAUGAAAGGCGAGCUUCGUCUCCCAGCCAGCGUCACGUAUGAUUAGAUAACGCAAUGUACUGCAUCGUCGUUGCACUCAAGCGUUAUACAUCGGUUGCUCUAAGCGAACCAGUGGCCUUCUAGUUGUUUUCUUUGUAAUUAUUAGAUACUAUUUCUUAUCCGAUUGUGUCUUAGAGUACUGGCUAAUUAAAAUGUUUUCUUUUAGAUUUUUUUAUUGCUUUUUCCUUCUAUUUCUGUUUGAUUGUGACUGAAUGUUUGCAACGAAAAUUUUGUACCAGUAGAUAUUA